GCGAUUGAAGAUCCGUUCGAUAAAUCAAAAUUGCUGCGGCGUUAUGCUCUUCGAUAUAUGGUGUUGGAUAAUGUAUUUCAUGCCGUUGAGCUGGGUGUUAGGGAUAGGAUCAUUCUUGUAAAUAAUACGUACAUAACGCCCGGAGCUUUGCCCUGCAUCAUGCCUGGUGAAAGUGAAAGCACACAGAUCAUCAAUAAAAUGUUAUAUGGCGAGCGAAGCUUGCAAGUCAUCAAUGAAUUAAUUGCACCAAUGAUCGAUAUGAAUUUUAGUGUUGGUGAAUUAAUGGCGCUGCGACUACUGAUUUUUUGGAAUCCCAGUGGGCUGACUGUUUCGCCGCAAACAAAAACUAUACUACAAAUGGCAAGCGAUCGGGCUGUUAGCGAGCUGCAUCGAUGGUAUGCGGAUCAGAAGUAUGAAGCGGCCGAUACCCGAUUAGGCAACGUUUUACUCCUGCUUUCCCCAUUCAGUGAUCAAGUGCAUUAUUUAUCCGAAGUGGUCAAAUUAAUACCAUCAUUUGGUGUUCUCAAUGAGAGAGACUGCUGCUUGCAAAAUAUACUCACGUCAUGA